AUGUCGCAAGACGAGGGCAGCAUGUCAUCCAUCGGCACCAACUGCCAGCGGGGCGACUGCGGCAUUCAGCAGCCUCCAGAAACACCCCAAGCUGGGGCAGAGUCAGAGUCAGCGUCUGUGCAUGCUCGGCAGAGACGCAGAAUCGCUGAGCUGGAGGGAAAGGUCGAGACUCUGGAGUCGGGGCGUUCGGUGAAAGAAAGGCAAACUAAUUACUAUCUAGCUCAGGGAAGGGCCAUCAGGCGGGUCGUCACUCUGUUCGACAAUAUAGAGGAUCUGGUCGCUGAAAACGACAGAAGAUACGAUCAGGACCGACUGCAAACAGGUUAUACUGCUCUAGUGAGAGCCUUAGCCUGGUUUGUGAAGAAUGCCACUGACAUGGAGAACGACGACUUUGCACGUAUGCUAAAAACGCUUAGGCUGGGGGCUGACAGUGCUCGAGGCGACGAUACAUCAAAACUUAAAACUCUAGUUUCCUCCUGGGUCAAUCUCGAACUCAAGCCAACUCCCCCGGUCGAGCCUGACGACAAACACCACCGCGGGUUUAUCAAUGACGCAUGCGGCAAGUUACUAUGCCCUGCUGAACUUGAUUGGAGCAGCUCAUUAGUGAAGGCAGGCAUUAGAAACCGAUCGGAGGGCCAUGCUGUGACAGAAAUGUCCUUUCCAGCAUUUUUGUAUGAAAACUACACUGCUAACCCUGACAAUCUGGAGGAAGGUUUAUUCAAGGGAAAAAUCCUGGUACAGGCCUACAAGGCUGUGUUUACGUCUCCGUCCUCAGCGAAGGACGUCGAGGGCGAUGGCGAUGGCGCGGACGUUAUCGAGAACAACCGGCGGGCUACAAGGGCAUCCUCAGGAGCUAAAUUAAAAAAACACGUCGCGCAGAUUAUCAGGAUGGAUAAGGUUACUCCUCGGUCGAUUGCCUACAUCGCGUGUCAAGUGCGAUUCGCGCUUUCUUCCGUUACCUCAUGGCGGUCCGUGGACGGCGAUUUCGACUAUAUCCAGUUUUGGAAGAUCAUCGUGGAUUUCUUCGAAGUGGCCCCCGGUCGAGAAGCGCGCCGCAGGGUCAACCGACUCCUGGAGUGGUGGACGAGAAAGGUUUUUGGAAGGAAUCGUCGUGAGGAGCUUAGCGACGCAGCAAAGGCCAAUCUGUCUGUGAACGCACUUGCAAGGCAGCGAGCGCAACUAGAUGAUGCUUCUUUCGAUUCUAGCUAG